AUGGAUGAGUACCCUCUUUCUGGUCUAGAAAGUCAUCCUCGUCGUUUCAAAGCUCAUUGGUUUAAGAGUUUUUCUUGGCUAGAAUAUUCGCCAAAAGUGGAUGCUGUAUUUUGUCUUCCAUGCUAUUUAUUUUCUAGAAAAUCAAGUCCAUUCACAUCAGGAGGAUUUCGCAAUUGGAAAAAAGUGAAUAAUGGAAAGGAUUGUGCAUUUUUAUCUCAUGUGGGUAAAUCUCUUAAUUCUCCUCAUAAUAUUGCUGUUAAGUCUUGUAAAGAUUUGCUUAAUCAAUUAUGUCACAUUGACAAAGUAUUGGCUAAGCAAAGCUCACAACAAGUUUUAAGCAAUAGAUUGCGUCUUAAAGCCUCUAUUGAUACUGUCAAAUGGUUAACGUUUCAAGCUUGUGCUUUUAGGGGACAUGACGAGAGUCAUGAGUCUCAGAAUCGAGGAAAUUUUCUUGAAAUGUUAAAAUUAUUAGCUUCUUACAAUAAAGAAGUGGAUGCAAUUGUUUUGGAUAAUGCUCCUCAAAAUGCAAUAUACACAUCACCUUCUAUUCAAAAGGAAAUUCUACAUGUUUUUGCUAGAAAGGUGCAAAAUGAAAUUCGCAAUGAGAUUGGUAAUGCAAAGUUUUGUUUGAUUGUUGAUGAAGCUAGAGAUGAAUCUAGAAGAGAACAAAUGGCACUUGUUGUUAGAUUUGUUGAUAAGCAUGGAUUUGUCAAAGAAAGGCUAAUAGAUGUUGUUCAUGUCAAAGAUACUACUUCUGCUACUCUAAAACAAGAGAUUUAUUCUGCAUUAUCUCAUCACAAUCUCAACAUUCAAAAUGUUCGAGGUCAAGGGUAUGACGGAGCUAGUAAUAUGCGUGGAGAGUGGAAAGGGUUACAAGCUUUAAUUAUUCAAGAAUGUCCUUAUGCAUAUUAUGUUCAUUGCUUUGCUCAUCAAUUACAGCUAGCUCUUGUUGCUGCGGCUAAAGAAGUUGUUGAUGUUCAUGCUUUUUUCCAAAGUUUGAGUAAUAUUAUCAAUGUUGUGUGCUCUUCUUGCAAACGCAAUGAUGAAUUACGAUCUGCUUAUGCAACUGAAAUUUCCCAUUUAGUUGCAACUAAUCAAAUUGAAACAGGAAGAGGAGCAAAUCAAAUUGGCACAUUAAAAAGAUCAGGAGAUACCAGGUGGAGCUCUCACUUCAACUCAAUUUGUAGCCUUUUACGUAUGUUUGGAGCAACAACUUCAGUUCUGGAAGAUUUGGCUACUAAUGGAUCUACAUAUUCUCAACGUGGUGAUGCUACUUAUGCUCUUAAAUCUUUAUUAUCAUUUGAUUUUAUUUUCAUUUUGCAUAUGAUGAAAGAAAUCAUGGGAAUCACUGAUAAACUUUGUCAAGCAUUGCAACAAAAAUCUCAAGACAUUUUGAAUGCUAUGCAUCUAGUUUCUAGUACAAAGUCAUUGAUUCAACAGUUAAGAGAUAGUAGUUGGGGAGCACUUUUGGAGAAAGUUAGUUCUUUCUGCAAUGAUCAUGCUAUUCAGAUACCUGAUAUGGGUGCUUCUUUUAGUGACAUAAUUCGGUCUCGUCGUAAAAAGGAUGUUGUCACUGUUGAACACCACUAUCGUGUUGACAUUUUUACUAGCGUGAUAGAUUUUCAAUUGAAAGAGCUAAAUAGUAGAUUUAGUGAGCAAGCAACCGAGCUCCUCAUACUGAGUACAUCUCUAGAUCCUAAAGAUGCUUUCAAGUUAUUCAGUGUUUGCAACAUAUGCAAUCUUGUAAAGAAUUUCUAUUCUUUAGAUUUUUCUGAGCAAGAAAAGAUUCAAUUGGAUUAUGAGUUACAACAUUAUGAACUUGAUGUGGUUAAAGCUCCAGAUUUUCAGAAUUUGUCUACUCUUGCUGAAUUGUCAACAACUGAACGGGCCUUUUCAGCUAUGAAGAUUAUUAAAACAAGGCUUCGAAACAAGAUGGAAGAUGAAUUUUUAGCAGAUUGUUUUGUAUUGGUGUUUGAUUACGUAACUGUGGCUUUGGUUUUGAUUCACAUUGAGAACUCGAUGAAUUUGAUGUGCUAUAUAUGUUGCGACUGGCAAAUUCAGAUUGUGUGGAAACGAUGA